CUUGUAUGAAUCGAGAGAUCGUAAUGCCCGUUGGAGUAUUUUACCACCAUAUUUCCAAAUGUAUUUUUUUGGAACGACUCUCCCUGAACAAACAUACAAGGGUUAUUACACCGGGGUCGUGGAACCUUUUCCAGCAAUUACUACAGUUGAUGAGGUGUAUGUACCUUUGCUUAUACCGCAAACACACUGGUUUUUGGGGGUUUUCAACCUGGUUAACCGUACUCUGACUGUUUACGACAGCCUUGCAGAAUCGCCAUUUCUGGACCGGGGAAGAGACCAAGUGCUCACUCAUAUUAAUUUUGUCUUUGACAAUUGGCUACGUAGGCACGGUUACUACACCACAAUGCCCAUACCGCUGACUUACCCCUUUCAGGUUACUUUUGCACACAACGUGCUUCAACAAACGGGGCCUUUAGGAGAUUGUGGGGUAUGGGUUUGCAUUUUCCUGGAAAAGCUAAUUAACGGGAAGCGGAUUAAUGACGGUGAAGACCCCAACGUAACGGCUAGCAAUAUGAGGCGGCACCUUGCUAUGCUUUUCUAUGAUUCAAAAUUAGAAGGAGAGUCGAGUGUUGAAAAAAUAAUUCAGAGUGUUGAACGUAAUAGUGAUGAACUUCAAUUACUAACGAAACCGUUUCGUUAG